AUGGAGAGCCUGGCUGAGCUCCAGAACCCCUUGCUGGACAAGACCUCCAGCAGACAUGUGGUUCACCACGGCAACUACCACCAGCUUCAGCAGCAGCAGCAGCAGCAGCAGCAGCAGUACCACCGGCAAGGAGACCUGAUUGGCUACCUGUACGCCGGCCCCCACAGCCGGCCGGCCCCAACUAAGAGCCAGGAGUUCCUGGACGCCACGUCGCUGCACCUGGCCGUGGAGGCCUUCUACCGGCCAGCGGGCUUCAUCCUGUACACCGACAACGUCAGCCUGCACAGCAAGGACUCAGGCCGCAGCGAGAGCUUGGAGACCACCUUCACGGAGGGCAAGGGCCGGGCCCUCACCGACGGGGGGUCCACGGCGGGGGAGGAUGAGGAAGAGGAGGAGGAGGAGGAGAUGGAGGAACCCGCGGAGGACGGCAGUGGCGCCGAGAAGGAGGUGAAGAUCCAGACGGUCUGCUACGACGUCGAGGAGGAACCCGCCCAUGAGUACGAGAGCGACAGCUCCAGCGACAGUGACAGCGAGGACAACUUCCUAAUGCAGCCCCCCAGGGACCACCUGGGUCUGGCUAUCUUCUCCAUGCUCUGCUGCUUCUGGCCACUGGGCAUUGUGGCGUUCUACUACUCGCACAAGAGUGGCAAGGCCAUUGCUAAAGGGGAUUUCUCCCGGGCGGGCGUGAACUCCAGGCGAGCCCUGUUCCUGGCGGCCCUCUCCAUCACCGUGGGAGCGGGGGUCUAUGUGGCGGUGGUGGUGGCCCUCAUGGCCUACCUGUCCAAGCCUGGACACGUAUAG